GGAGGGUGUCACGGUUAAGGGGAGCUCCCACUUCAACCCAGACCCUGAUGCAGAGACCCUCUACAACGCCAUGAAAGGCAUAGGUGCCAAAACUGAGGCUCAGGGAGCUGACACUUCUUAAGGCCACACAGGCUGAGAGUGGCAGGGCUCAGUCCCGACCUUCUCCCACCGGGCCCUGCGGCCACCAACUAGGAAGGCCAGGCCAGGAGCCCCCAUUUGUCCAGUCUAGAGGCCCAGGGAUGGGUGGCAUGUGCAGAAAACCCCGUGUUUCUCAGGUUCUGUCACCCCAAGGCUGGGCCUGGCCGCACCCCAACAUCGCACAGUGGGAGGUGGGGAUGGAGAGAGACAGCGGGUCUGUCCGAGUGUCUUGUCUGCACCAUGAAAGUCAUCAGCGUUUGGAGCGAUCCAGGAGGUGUUUCCACACUGCCUGGCCAUGAGGCAGCCGCCCUUCCUCCCCGCAGUCAUCAGCCCUUCUCAGUGCAGGGGCUUGGGGUUCAUGCCGGACACCCCCACAGGCACCAACGAGCAGGCCAUCAUUGACGUCCUCACCAAGAGAAGCAACGCGCAGCGGCAGCAGAUCGCUAAGUCCUUCAAGGCUCAGUUCGGCAAGGACCUCACCGAGAACUUGAAGUCAGAGCUGAGUGGCAAUUUCGAGAGACUCAUGGUGGCCCUCAUGUACCCGCCAUACAGAUACGAAGCCAAGGAAAUGCAUGAUGCCAUGGAAGGCUUAGGAACCAAAGAAGGCGUCAUCAUUGAAAUCCUGGCCUCUCGGACCAAGAGCCAGCUUCAGGAGAUAAUGAAGGCAUAUGAGGAGGACUUUGGGUCCACACUAGAGGAAGACAUCCAAGCAGACACGAGAGGCUACGUGGAGAGGAUCCUGGUGUGCCUCCUGCAGGGCAGCCGGGAUGACAUCAGCGGCUUUGUGGACCCAGCCCUGGCCCUCCAAGAUGCCCAGGAUCUGUACGCGGCCGGGGAGAAGAUCCGUGGAACCGACGAGAUGAAAUUCAUCACCAUCCUGACCACGCGGAGUGCCACCCACCUGAUGCGGGUGUUCCAGGAAUACGAGAAAAUCGCCAACAAGAGCAUCGAGGACAGUAUCAGGAGUGAGACCCACGGCUCGCUGGAGGAGGCCGUGCUGACUGUCGUGAAAUGCACGUGGAACCUGCACAGCUACUUCGCGGAGCGGCUCUACUAUGCCUUGAAGGGUGCAGGGACGCGGGACAGAAAGCUGAUAAGAAACAUCGUUUCAAGGAGCGAGAUUGACUUAAAUCUUAUCAAGAGUCAGUUCAAGAAGAUGUACAGGAAGACCCUCAGCAGCAUGAUUGCGGGAGACACCAGCGGUGACUACAAGAAUGCCCUGCUGACCCUGGUGGGCAGUGACCCCUGAAGGCUCGGAGGAACGGGAGCCAAGGCCAAGAAGCUGGGGACACCAGGGCUGGCUUGGUCCACCUUAGCUGGGGG